GUUUAACAAGCCUUCAGUUCGUCUCAACACGCCUUGGCAUACGCUUUUCGACGCUCUUGAUUUCGCUUACAACACCGAUCCUGUCCCUACGCCAGGAUAAUUAUGAAGGUCCAAAACGUUACCAUUUUCUUGACGAUACUCUCCUUGUCUUUGAUCGUUGCCGACGUUGAGGCAGGAUGGAAGUUUUGGAAGAAGAAGGAUAAAGAUUCGACUACAACGGUCGCCCCUGAUGCUGCAACACCCGAGCCAGCAAAAGCGGCACCAGAUGCCACGACUGCCAAAGCAUCAGCAAGCCCUGGUAAUGUUGGAUCAGCUGUUAUCGGGGCUAGCGACCCUGGGCUGGCGAUUGGGGUCAGUUCGACCGGUGGAAAGAUAAAGGAGAAUGCACGACCGAGCAGACCGAAUCCGGGAACGGAAGUGGGCCUUGAUUUCCCGGGAUCGAAACCGGCUAACCCAGCCAUUGGUGGUAAUACCGGCCAAGGAUACAAGGAUUGGGCUACAGACCUUACAGGAGCUGGAGAACCUGGAAGGAAACCUCCUAAAGUACCUUCCGUGGGACCAGCUUUAAGCGGCGAAGGUUCCAGACCGACGCCUUUUCCUGGAAACACGCCACAACCACAAACUCCAGGUGCUAGACCAGUUUCCAGUCCAGGAGGUGCUCCAAUGCAACCUACCUCGCCAGGUAUUGCAGGUGCUAAACCAGCACCUCAGUCACAGCCUCAACCUCAACCACCAUCUCCAGGCUCGAGACCUUCUCCUCAUCCAGGAAGUCCAUUUGGCUCGCCAACGGGAAUCCCUGCACCUGCUCCCAAUCCGGUUCUUUCACCAGGACAACCUCAACCGAAACCCGGUCAGCCUGGGGCUGGAGGCAAUCAAGUAUCUACCUUGAAUGUAGGUCCCUUGAAACCGGGAAGCAGCACUCCAGCUCCUGCCUCUAGACCUGGAAGUCCAGGUUCUCCAGGAAAAACUUGGGCUGAUGUUGCAGGAGGAGGUAGUAGACCCAAUUCACCUACACCUGCUCCAAGACAGCCCAACUAUCCAGGUCAACCUGGUUAUCCAAGUCAACUCAGCUAUCCAGGUCAACCUGGUUAUCCAAGUCAACCAGGUCAAGCUCAACCAAGACCCCAAACACCCACUCAACCUGGACAAUCGAAACCAUCUACAGGAGCGAUAGCAGGAGGUGCACUCGCGGGAGGUGCAUUAGCAGGUGCAGCGGUUGCAGGAGCAGCAUCCACGACCAAGUACUCUAGCAAUCCCACUUACAGCAAAGGAAACACAAUCACAGACGAAGACCUAGAAAAACUCUCAGAGGCUCUGUUCAUUAAGGACACUAAUAACGCGAAUAAAUACAUCACGCUAAACCUACAAAAGCAAACAACCAGUAGCAGUACAACGGACGAUGCGUCGGAACCACUACUCAAGGUGAACGCAGAAGCAUACCAAAUCCCAACAGUACAGAGGGUAAUAUCAAUCUACGAUAACUACAAACCAGACACGAACGUGAACGAGCAGAUCAGUCCGUUACAAAGGCAAGAGGAAAGUCUUUUAGCGGACACCUUCCUCAGCACGAACGUGAUGUCCGCUGCUAUGAGGUUCCUCGCGGACAAAGGGAAAAUUCGAAAGGACUACUACGAGUACAAAGACACCUUGAGGAAGAUAUGGUUCAACCUGUUCUCUCGUGGACAAGGAAAGAUUGGUAGCUCAGGUUUCGAGCACGUUUUCAUGGGAGAACUAAAAAACACACCAACUGGCACUGAGGUAGUUGGUUUACAUAACUGGAUUUACUACAGCAAGGAGGAAAGCAGCGGACGAAUUGACUACAACGGAUAUUUGAAGAAAGUUGAUCUUGGAGAUAAAGCUUCUAUCGUCGAAAUACGAACGAAAUACAAUGGACACGAUAAACCAGUAACGACUAUAUUCGUGGGUACCUCGCCCGAAUUGGAAAUGGCAUUGUACACGGUGUGCUUCUAUGCAAGACCGGAUGGAAACUGCCCGGUAUCAUUGGGAGGGACGAAGUUCAACAUCGUUACUUAUAAAUUCAAGUACAGAGGAAACGACCUCGUAGGAACAGCGUAUCCCGACAUAUAAACUUUAUAAUAAACUUCGUUUACAUUUUGACGAAGCAUGACAAUUAAUUUUAAUUAAUGUAAAGACGAAGAUGAACGAUAUUACCGAGUGAUAUUAGUGUAUACAGGGACUACAUACUCUAUUUUUGUUAUCGAUAAAAACUUGUACUAAUACUCAUAGCGUUCACUAAAUAAAAUUAAAAAUAUUAAAAAUA